GAAUGGAAGCCAUCAUGUCCGAGUUUUUCAAUGAUACAACUACGAGCUUCUACAUCAUCUUGAUAGUGUGGACAGCUGACCAGUAUGAUGCCAUAUGCUGUCACACUGAACAAAGCAAGAAAUUCUGGCUGAGGUUUUUCUACUUGUACCAUUUCUCAUUCUAUGCAUACCACUACCGGUUCAAUGGACAGUACAGUGGACUUGCUUUGGUUACAUCAUGGUUGUUUAUUCAGCAUUCRAUGUUAUUUUUCUUCCAUCACUAUGAGCUUCCAGCCAUUCUGAACCAAGCAAACCAACYAGAACCUGAAGAUGAUCUCCUGGAAGAUCCUAUUAACCUACUGACUGACAACCCACCACCCAACCAACAAAAUAACCAACCAUCCAUUAACCAACAAGAACAUAGCCAACAAAACAACCAACUAUCCAAUAAUCAGCAAGAACCCACACAAAACAACCUAUCAUCUUUACCAGGAAGAUCAGAUAACAUGUCACAAACUUUGUUAGCCACAGGCGUGACACAAAAUAUUGGGUUACCUAGUGAUAUCACACAAAGUAUURCAUUACCUAAURUCACACAAAGUAGAUUCGACGAUUGUGUUACAAGUAUGUCACAGCUACAGGGCAAUGAAGUAUUGCAGAAUGGAACAUUAAAUGAAUCACGCACUGCACUACCGAAUGAGAUGGGUAAUAUGUCAAGUGAUUUACAAGAGACUUUAGUAUCACAUGAUUCAUGUACGAAUGGUAUAACAACUGGCUGUUUGUUACGUCACAACCUUCAGUGGACACCAUCGAACAGUGUUAACAGUGAAGACAGACCUGAUGGCACAUCGCAACCGCCACAAGAUAAAGAAAAAACAGAAUGAAUGUUACCAGGGCUAUACAGUACGAGGCACCUAAUCAAGUCAAAACAGUCGUGAAAACUCUGACCGUGAAAACUCCCAUAAUUCCGUACAAUGUCUAGCGUCUGUCAGGGACAGCAAAAAGUACACAUAGAGGAAUAACAGAAUAACAAAUGAACCCAAUCUCACUGUUAAUUCCACUGUACAUACAAUUUACCAGGAAUGGUAGUCUGGGUAGGUGAAAUGUUUCAGCAAAAGCGACAUGUUCAACGGUUGAUUAUUUUCUGCUCUGUUGGUUUCCAAUGGACAAACAAAGACUGGCAACAAUCUGGUCUAGUCAUGUAAAUCUCUAAGUACAGAAGUAUGGACUUAAAAUAAAGGACCCUGGAAAUGUGAAAUCCACAUGUCGAAAUCCUCAAAUACAGACCCUGGAUGUUUGGGCCUUCUGUGUCGGAAACCUCAAAUACAGAACCCUGGAUGUUUGGCCUUCCUGUGUUGGAAACGUAAUACAGAACCCUGGAAGUUUGGGUUUUAUGUAACGAGAAAUUAAACUCAAAUGUAGAACCCUGGAAGUGUGGACUUCCUUUAGCGAGAACUCCAGAUAUUUCGAGAAGAUCUGUUGUACGACUUCAUGUACAUGUACACGGCACAAAGGCUUUCAUGUUAUUUAAAGAAGAACUCAGAAAAUUUUCAAAAAMCUUCAAUUGAAAGGAAUUUUUCUUAAGGACGAGCAUUGAUGUUCGAACCUUGCAUAACAUAAUCCUGUAUUUCCCUAAAAUGACUCGAAUCGCUUUGGUAAACCUGAAUUUUCCGAUAUUUAUGCGACCUCAUUCAUGAAUAACCACAAGCAUAUAUGGUAGAAGUAUUGAACCAUCUAUAGGUACAUGAGAGCCUUCUAUAUCUACAACAGAGCCGUGCAUAUUGAAAUCCAUAUAUGGAAAUCGUACGACAGACUACUCUCAAAUAUAGCUUUAGAACGCUGGUAGUGUGAGCGUCCUCUCGCGGGGAUCUCAGAUACAGGACCCUGGAAGUGUGAACUUCCUGUGGCGAGAACCUUAAACAUAGGACCCUGGAAGUGUGGACUUCCUGUAGCAAGAACCACUUGAACAAAUAACCCCGGAGGUACAUGCAUAGUUUUGUAGUGAGAACAUUUAGAGGUCGUCUUCACGUUAUUCAUGGACAAAAGUCUCAAAGUAGAAGUAGUAUAUGAGAUUCGAUUAUUAAAUGAUUGAAAAUAGCAUUUUCGCUUUUCAAAUCAAGUUGUUUUAACCCGCCAWGUUUCCCCUGUAGUUCCGCAAUGCAGAAAGUCGAUGUUUUACUCAAUUGUACUCUCGUUUAAUCCUAGCUGCGAGUAAAUCCACGAUGCCAACGGAGCUGGUUUAAGCGUGUGAGAAACGAUUCCGAAUGAGAUAUGUAGAGUGUGUGGGUUCCCUGUGUUCCCGUCUCCUGGGAAUUGUGGGCGGGGUUCCCCGGUAUUUAGGGCUAUGAGCGGGCUCAGUGAGGGGCAGUAGUUUUCUGACGCGUUGGAGGUAAAAGUAACGAUAGGCCAAAGGACCUCGCAAACAUUUAAACGUACCCUACGCGCCGACAUCAUCGUGGGAAGUUGUUUCAAUAACUGUAGACACAAGAAAAAGAAGUUUACAGAUAUAUAGACUUGAAUAAGAUCUUUUAUUAAGAUCGAUACCAAUAUAUUAAAGUCUACCAUAGUUAGUACUAACUACACKUGAAAUUCAUUAAAUAAUGUGCUAAUUCAA